GAGGAGGAAGCAGCUGCUCUUCGCGAAAUGCAAGCCAAAGUAGAAAAGGAAAUGGGCGCUGUUCAAGAUCCUGCUGGUUCGGCUGUAAGUCAAGAAAGCAAAGAGGAAGCAGAUUCAAGAUCCGUGUUUGUUGGCAACGGUCAUUCAUUUUACACGAAGUUCUCAGUAUUUGCUCUGGGAUGAUUGCAAUAUAAUUCUGUUAGGAAAAAUUACUUAUUUUGUCAUUAGGAUUGUAUUCAAGCAGUAAAAGAAAGAAAAUCUUAUCAUGUUUGAAACAAAUUGAAGGAAAAAAAGAUCAAAACAAAAGAAAAGAAGUUUCUCCUGUUUACGGAAAAAAGAAAAAAGAAAGAAAGAAAAGAAAAGAAAAAGAAAAGAAAAGAAAAAAAAGAAAGAGAAAAAGGAAUAUUCAAAAAGAUAGUACAAGAUGGAAAAGAAACCUUUGUAAUUGAUAGAGUGGAACUGAGUAGCUGAGAAUAAAGAAAAAGAGGAAAAGGAAUGUGAAGAUUGGGAAAAUGAUGUUGGUUGAUUUAGUUCAUUUGAACUUAGGUAGGGAUGGGAAUGUGAAUUAGAGAAGCUUCAACUUCAAUACAUGAGGGCAUGAUCACAUCUAUGGAGGCAAGUCAUUUGCAUGCAAUGUUAGUUGCAGAGCAUUGUUGCUGCUGGGAAUGAUGGUUGAUUAUGCAUGUACACCUGAAGAAGUGCAGCAGCAUUUCCAAUCUUGUGGUACUGUCAACAGAGUUACUAUUCUCACGGAUAAAUUUGGUCAUCCUAAGGGCUUCGCUUAUGUGGAGUUUGUUGAAGCCGAAGCUGUUCAGGAGGCACUCCUUUUAAAUGAGUCAGAGUUGCAUGGAAGGCAAUUGAAGGUUCAACAAAAGCGAACAAAUGUUCCUGGGAUGAAGCAGUAUUUUCCUCAGCGUUACAGUCCUUACAUGGGUUAUCGAUCCAGGAGGCCUUACGUGCCCCCUUAUUUUUACUCACCAUAUGGAGGAUAUGGGAAGACACCCCGUUUCCGAAGGCCUAUGCGAUACAUGCCAUACUACUAGGACGGGCUUUGCCCAUAACUAAAUUACCAUGUGAAACUAUAUGUAUGAUUUUACUCUGGUUUAGAGCCAAUAGAACUAUGGAUUUGAUUAUCUUCAGACUUUCUUAUUGCAAUUACAUCAAAUGAUCUAAUGUAUGAGAUAUGAUAAUAGUUCAUCAGGAACCUAUAUCGUAGCAUGCUUGAUCUUUUUAGGAGGUUUCUGGGAUUUCUUUCUGUUAUACGCAUACAGGUUUAGGGAGAGAGUGAUUCAGUGAAUGUCUACUUGGAUAUUUCUGCC